AUGGCAGUAUGGGGCGCCCAAGCUGUCGUCAGCGUAUUGUUGGUGAUUAUUCUCGUGAUCAUCAAAGCCGGACCGUCCAUGGGUGCAGUUUUUGGAUUGUGUCUUGUAGACGUCCACAAGAGCAUGUGGACGAUUUGGAUCCCGUCCAUCUUUUUCCACACACUUAUCUUUGGCCUACUUGUGUGGAAAGCAUGGGCAACCCCGCGAGACUCCCAGACACCAUUGUUAAUGCUCCUGAUCAGAGAUGGCAUCCUUUUCUUCGGAGUGGUCUUCAUCGCCUUUCUUUUCAACCUAUUGGUGUGGGCUGUUGGUCCUAUAAGCCUAGCCAUCCUUCCUCACGACUCCGUAUGGGCGAUAUGCACUAUUGCACUCUCGCAUCUCAUGCUAUCCAUUGACAAUAUCUCAUCUAAUACGGCAGUGGCGCUCGCCACUGACCUCGAAACCGAAUUGUCGCAAGCAGGGGCACGACCUCUUUCGACAAUUUCCUCUACAGGAAAAGUUCCCGUGGCUACUACAGCUGUUGGCGGCAAGCAUCGACCAUCGACGGAGCAACGUGCAUCAUACAGCCACCAACGAUAUAGCAUUCACCCUCCGUCUUUCCCUACUAAAGUCAAUUCAAUAGAUGGUAGACGGGAGAAUAGCUACCUUCAUCCCUUCAACGGCACACCAAGUUCGCAUUCCCCCGACUUGUCCAGCUUUGACGAGACAGCGGUGGAACACGCCCCUGACCGUUUACCCUCAAUCCAAGAAGUUAGCUUGGGAUCUGAUCUCAUGCUGGAACCCAAGAAAUCUACGGAUACAGGGAGGAGCGAGCGUGAGGGAGAGUUUGGAUAUGUCAAAGUCGGCGGCGAUGCCUCACCCGUGCAUUUCAGUUUCAACGAACAGAUUACGGAGACUGCGCAAACACGCAACUACUCAAGAGCACCGACGGGACCAGAUACAGGAACACUCCCUCAUCCGUUGGCGGAUUUACUCGCCCCUGAACCGAGAUCAAGACCGUUUUCAACUCUGACUACAUCGACGAUGAGCGUGAGCGACGUACCGCUUGCUUAUGACCCGUCUACUUUCAGAAAAUUUGUUGAAGUUGGUCGAGUCGUCCUUUUGAAGAAGGGCCCACAUGCUGGAAAGACGGCCACGAUUGUUGAGAUUAUUGACCACAAUCGCGCACUCAUUGACGGCCCGACGACGGGUGUACCACGACAGUCGUUCCCGUACCGACAUCUCGUGCUCACGACCUUUGUCGUCAAGGAUCUGCCGCGCGCAGCUGGCACGCCCGUGGUGAAGAAGUAUAUCGAAAAGUCCGAGGUCGACGCAAAAUGGGCUGCGACUUCGUGGGCAAAGAGGCGUGAAAUCGUCGAGCGAAGAAAGAAACUGAGUGACUUUGAACGAUUCAAGGUCAUGCUCGGCAAGAGACAACGAAGGGACAAGGUCCGCAAGACAGUCUGCUCGCUGCGCAAGAACUAG